GCCUCGUCCUCGCUCUCGUCCUCGUCCGCCGCUGCUGCUGCCGCUGCCGUAGUUGGCGCCUGAAGUAUAUACACAUUUGCGCGCUAGCAGCAUUGAGCCAUUGAGCGAGAUCUGUGAUCGUCCUUGCGUUUGCUCCUCUUUAUUAUUAUUAUCAGCGUCACCCUUUCACUCUUCGGGUCAUCGACACACGGCAAUCGUCGAACACUCACUCGCCCCCCCUCACUCGCCAUCAUCCCCCCUCCUCUUUCCCUCUUCUUCUCUCCGCCCUCUCAUCCUCACCGGCCAUCUCCUCGUCCUCGUCGCCGACCCCGCCUACAGCACUGCGCGCUCGACACUAGAACCACCACCCGCGACCUUCUCUCCCCUUCUCCUCCUUCUCCGACCUUCGCCCGCCCGCCGCCCCGCCCUUUUGCCAUACGCGCGCGCGUUGCGUGGUCGCCGUUGCCCACUGUACGAAACGGCUCCCCCUCGUACCUGUCGCUCGCUGGCUCGCUGUAUUGUUGAAAUCUGGGUUCUGUUCCUUGUGGGUCCUCCUCCUCUUCAUCCUCCCCCUCUCUCCCCUCGCUCAUCCUUAAUCCCACUUACACUAUUCAGCUGCCCGGUUCCUGGAUAUCUCGCGACUCACGACCCCGACACAGACCCGAGAGGCUUGACACCCACCACCACCACGGUCACCGUUCCUGCCACCAACGCCUCUGCCUCUGCCGUCGUCGCCACGCAGCGCGAGUCAAGUGCCAUUCAUAGAGUAGCGUCGCCCUUGCACUGGCACCAGGAGUCGUCAAUUGGGCGCCUGGUGCCCUCUUCUACGCUCCCUCUUGCUUGGACGCUCUCGCCUGUCCUUUGUGCUCGCUCGCUCCGCUCGGCGCCUUGCCCCCUUGCACUCAGCCACCAGUCGGCCUUCGCUUGCCAUCAGCCCUCUCACCCCUCUCUCGUUUAACCUCCACCACCACCACCACCCAUCACCACAAUGGAGACUGAUCCAAACUCGUACGCCGACCGCGGCGCCUCAUCCUCGUCUUCAGCACCAACCCUCCCCCAGCGACCACCAACGGCUGGCCACCGUCCAAGCAGCUCGCAGGACACUCACAGCACGCAUGCUCACGCGCACUCGCACUCGCACAGCCAUGGUCAUGCUCAUUCGCAUGGUCACCACCCUCUCCCCGAACGUCUGGAACGUGUCGACCCCAACCCACGCGAUCCACGCGCUGCAACCCACCCCAGCCCCAAGAUUGGUUCCAGCACUGCUCCUUGGAACGAGGGCCUGACGAGCGGAGGUGGCCGCCCUCCGAGCCCAAAACUUGCGCCGAGUCCUUCGCUUCCUCCACCACCCCGCGACGAGGCACCAGAACACGCCGAGUCGUCAUCCCAGGCCCAGAGUCGGCGAUCGGCGGCAGAGACUCCAGAAGUGGAGUGCGAACACCUCGCAGACAUGUACACUCCCUUUGUGUCGCCUGCUGCGCCUCAGGCAGGUUCUGCCAUGGUCGCAAGUCGCGCACCUGCCAUUGCACCGCCAUCAGCCGACCACCUGCGGCAUGCCAUGCAGCACCCCCAGCACGACGCUGUCGUCGUUGGUGGCGUCAACUGCCCCACCAUUUACGAGCCAAGUCCGGCACCCGAACAACAGCAUCGCGAACAACGGACACAGGACGUCGGAAUGGACCAGGCGCCAUCUACCUCCUCCAUGGCGACGCUUUCGGUGCCCCAGUCGGGUCUCAUGACUUGCAAGCCCCUCGACCGCGUUGCUUCGACUUCUGGGACUUCAUCUCACCCUUCGCCACCAUACCACGGCCGCAGAAAGGACACUGAAUGGGUUCGUCGAGCGCAAGCCCGCAAGGGAAUGGAGAGAAUCGCUUCCCACCUCGGCGGCUGCCAUGCGCCACCUGCUCCUCCCAUUGUCUUGAAGAAGCGGGCUCGCUCCUUCUCUGACCCUCCCGAGAGCCAUCGCCCAACCAGCGUGCAGGCGGCCCGCAAUGCGGCAAAGUACUUUCGGGGCCUUCCCCGAAAGAAGAUGCGCGUCUGGACAGCCAAGGAUGCCGCCGAGGCCGCAGAGGGUGAGCGCAUCAUGCGGCAGAUCCGCGGUCGGGCAACAGACCACUUCAUCGCUGCUGCUCGCGAACCACCGGUCAACAUGCGUAGCCUGCGUGUCCUCGACACCAACGAGGUCCUUCGACUUCCGCAGAUGCGCCAUGAUCUCUUGUUUGACAACUUUGGCUUCCGUCCCAUCCACAAUGCCAUGGCCUACACCUCGACGACCAAUUACGGCCUUCUAUCGACCAUCUCGCGCUCGCAGAUCGUCCACCCGUCGCCUGCCUGCGAAACCAGCAAUAGGUACUGGGACUGCAUUCGGGCCGAGGUCGAAAUUGGCUGCCGUUGCACACGCUGGGACAACGCUUCCCCGGCGCGUCUCAAGGAGUGUAUCUGUGGCCGCUGGAAGGAAGGAUUGAGCGAGGAGCAGUGGUGGAGGGAGUCGCGUGCCACCUGGCCGAGCCGUCUUCCCAAGCUCGUCCAGUCGCUUCGCGAGAUCCUCGAGAGCCUCAUGGCUUCUACCACCCCUUGCGUCAACCACUACGCCCACUCGCUCAGCCGCGACAACAACGCCGUUCACACUGGUGUCUGCCCCACCGUCACUCACUCGCUCGUCCCUACUCUGUUCGCUGCCCUCGACCCCGAGUUCCUCACGAUUCAAGUUCGCCGUGGCAACUUUGACACGGACAUCUUCCGUGUGAUCGGCGAGGCCAUGAAGGUUCACUGCGCGCCCGUCCGUGACUCGAUGGUCGACGACAUGGUCGCCACUGCCACGGGCUGCGAUGGGCGUGUUCCCGACGUCGUAUCGGCCCUGCGCAAGUGCUUCGACUGUGCAGAAGUCAUGAAGCUCGACAUUGCCAACCACCAAGUGCAGUCGCUCAAGGGAAUGCUCUGGCAGCAGGCCGAGCAGAACGAGAUGACGACCUUCAUCCACUACCUUGUUGCCGCCGGUCGCAAGCUUGAGAGCUCCAAGACGUACGCGUGGAUCAAUGCGGCUUCGAAGCGUGUCGCCAUGACGACUGCUCCGCGCGCUCGUCGCCACCUCAUGGGCCAGUGCUCGUGCUCCUCCAACACCGAGUUUGUCAUUCGCUCCCUGACUGAGGGCUUCAUCGACCUAGUCUUUGGUGACUGGGUCGAGGACAGCGAGGCAUGGCCGCCGGUCGUCCCCUCUCGAUGCCCCGGCAGUCCCAGCACCGGUCAGGUCUUCCCAACAAAGGUCAUUGUCCCCGAGCUGUUCAAGAUGGACUCUUGCAGGAUCAAGAACUUCCACGCCGAGAUGGUCGACAUCGCCAUCGCCAAGAGCAUCUUGAGCGCUUUCAAGGAGCACUACCUGCGGCAAAACCCGUCGGCAUCUGCCGAGGAGAUCGAGGCGCAGGUGGCCCAAGUUCGCGAGAGCUACAAGCACGUCAUGACUUUGGGCAACGGUCUCGCCCGCACCGCGUCCGACUGCCCCUCAGACCUCAGCCUGCACAUGGCGCACCGCAUCGUCUUUGCUCGCGAAGUCUACGCGACAGGGCCUCGGAGCCAAGCCCAUGUUGAGGUCGUCAACCGCCUUGCGCAGGACUUUGACCGCCUCAUUGCAGACAAGUUCGCGCGUCGGGAUUCCGAGACCUACCUUGUCGCACUCAAGGACCUCCGCCAGCUCGUCUCGGUCAUGCUCACCAACUCGCUCCUUGUUCACCGCGUGCAGCCCGAGUCCUUCCUGUACGACAUGCGUGGCGUCGAUACCCGUCCAUGCGUCCCAGCCGAGCAAGGCGAGACCAUCGCCGUGCCUCGCCUCCGUGUCCCCGCUCGUCGCUUCGUGACCCUCACCGAGCCUCUUACUGGUCAGGGCCCCUCGACUUCGGACGAACGUGAGCACUACCACCGCCCCGCCGACUCGCCCAACGUCAAGGCUGCGCGGGAGCGCUUCAAGUCGACCGUUGCCCAGUCGACUUCGUCUGAAAGCGAGAUGGCGACCCGCCUCGGUUUCGACCCCCUCGUGCAUGAAAUCCGUGCCGUUGUGGCCCGCAUGGUCAAGACGGCCGACUUCAACCUCUGUGUCUUUGCCAACCUGUACGGCAGGCAGGGCAUGCUCAUUGGAAGCGGCGACGUGCUCCCGCUUCCUGAGCUUUCUCAGAUCUAAGAAGGCAGCUACCGGCAACCCGUAGAGCCGCGCGCCUUUUCCUCUCUCCUAUCAUCUACACGCUCUCUCUCUCUCAUUACUGUCAUAGUAUUAAUAUCUCUCCCUCACGGCGGCACGGAAUACAAUAUACACACAUGGGUCCGAGCCACACGGCAUCUUGAUAUCCCACCACACGACACAUUGCGCCAUACCGGCUGACAUUGAGCUGUGUUGUAGGACCUGUUCAGCUAUUUAUUGUAG